AUGUCCAACGUCUUUCCCCACUUUCCACGCCUCCCAGGCGAGAUUAGAGACUUAGUUUGGAAGAACGCCGUUCGGCCUCACGGCUAUCGAGGCGUCCACUACUUCUCAGUGGCAGAAAUUUCCAUUGUCCCCUUGUUUACGGAGACCGAGAUAUUCAAACAAAAUACCCUUGUUGAAAGAGCCAGCAAGGGUCAAAAGCAGCUAUUGACGGAGGCCUUUGGACCGCCUGCAGAGAGUCCCGCGCAGCUAUGCACCGUAGGUGUAAUCCCACCCGAGGAGCUCCUCAGAGUUCCCGUCAAACAACUUGCCACUUUCGAAAUCAGCGACGGCAAGAGCGACCAGUGGUUUUCUGUUUUCUCUGAAUCCGACUUGUUUGUCUUGCAGUCCAUUUGUUGCAUCCCAGACUUCAUACGGUUGGGUCAAGAGUUGCCAUUUCUCUCAAAGGAGGAUGACCUCGUAGGAGUCAGACACGUCGCAAUUGGAUUCGAAUCCACAUGGACCGUAGAGGAACUCCUCCGACAGCAACUGUCAUUCAUGGAGCUCUCGGAGAACCGUUUCGAUGAGUAUGACUCGUUGGUGCAUGCCUCAAGGAGUCUGAGUGGAUGUAGAAAUUCAAAGCUGUGGCUCAUUGACAGCCGCUUGCGCCGAAAGCAAUCGGUUUCUGAGGAGAACGGAUGCAAGUUCUGGGCGAUGCCACACUACGCCUCCCGGUAUUUCCUUGGAGACGAUAUGGACGACAACAUUGCCGCGGAAGUUUCGCGCUUUGUUGUGGCGCUGGCUAUUGUGGCAAGACACCAAGACGCGGUGCGGAGGAACGUCCCUGAAGAUGAUAGAUAUUCCGAUGGGCUUAGAAACGCAGUGAGAGAGUGA